AUGUUUUGCUUCCGAGUCUUGGAGAAAACCCUAACAAGGUUGUGGUGGUCUUGCUGUUUCGCCAUAGAGGAAGAAGAGGACGACAAGAGCAGCCCGAAGUUGCCAUUCCAUGACAAGACAAAUAUACUCAUCACAAGCACAUGUGUUCUCACCGGUGAUGUAUGUGCUAGAUACUGUCGUCUUCGUGGCUAUAACGCGUUAUAUUUUAGUCGGACUGCUACUGAGUCCAAAGCUCUUGGGGAGAAUUGCGUCCCCAAGAACAUCUCUGACAGGUACCGUGCCAUUCAUAAACAAGUUUUUGAUAUAAGACUUUACAAGUUUGGACGAACUUUAACUCCAGAACAGACCCAAGCGUGCCUAGCAAUUUUCAACAAGAGCAUCCAUACAUUAUUCUUUCUACAGCACUGCAUUACAGUAUUUGUGUCUGCCACAUCAUUUGAGUGGAAGGAUUUGCAAGCAAAACUGAAUACCAAGUUGCUGAGCAAACUAGGCAACUUUGUUAAUAGAGUUCUGAGUUUUAUAGCAGAGCCUCAAGGUUAUGAUUCUGUAAUUCCUGAUAUUGCUCCUGGUGCUGAAUUUCAUCUUCCAACCAUGUCAAUGGCUAAAAAGGUUGGAAAAUUGGUCGAGGAGUAUGUUGAAGCCAUGGAAGAGGUUAACCUCGAGCAGGGGAUGAACACUGCUGUGCGCAUUGCGAGUGAAGGGAACAUAUACUUGCAGGCAAAAAGUGCUGCUGGUUUAGUACACCUUCUUGCACAAUUGUUAGAACCUUUCAUGCCAUCCUUUUCUCGCGAGGUAUUUAAACAGCUAAAUUUGUCUCCACACUUUUCACUCGAGUGCAAAGGAAAGUCUGGUGGAAGUCUGGCUGAUAGACAUGGUAGGAAUGCAGUAGCCUCUCGUAGAAGUAAAAAGAGGCAAGCAGCUCGCAUUCAUAGAUAUGCGGGAGAACCAGCAAGACUGGUGGAGCAGAUUAGGAGGGAGGCAAUGGCAAUGGCAUGCAGCUCGUAA